AUGACUGCCUCAACCCUGAAAAGCGGAGUCCCCGAAUGUACUCAGCCUGGUGAGCAGGAUGUGAAGAUAUCGAGCCACAGUGAUCUUGGUAAGAUUGGUAGCAUCACAGCUGGGGAGGAUAUCCAGCACAGCAAGGCAGAGGAGAAAUCCCUUCUCCGCAAGAUUGAUUGGAACAUUCUCCCACUUCUGACCAUCUCCUACCUCCUCCAAUUUCUUGACAAGACUAGCUUGGGAAACACGGGAGUUAUGGGUAUUAUCGCUGAUACUAAACUCGUUGGGCAGGAGUUUUCGUGGCUCAGCAGCGUCUUUUACUUCGGCUAUCUUGCUGCAAGCUAUCCGAUGAGCGUUGCCUUUGUGAAAUUUCCGCUUGCUAAAGUACUCUCGAUCUCAGCUGUUUUGUGGGCAAUCACCCUUGGCUGCCAUGGUGCCGCGCAAAAAUUUGCAGGACUUGUCGUACUUCGAAUCUUCCUUGGUGCCUUCGAGAGUGCCAUCAGCCCUGGGUUCAGUCUAAUGACUGGAAUAUGGUACGAUGCUCUCUACCUUGCAUUCUCAUCAACAGAGGCCUCUCUUUCUAUCCUAAAAGAAAUCUGGCUCUUCAUUAUCCUAGGCGUUAUCACAUUCCUGUGGGGCCUAGUGCUACUUGUCUUUCUCCCGGAUACGCCUCUAACGGCACGGUUCCUAAAUUCCGAAGAACGGAAGCUUGCAGAGGCCCGUCCCCAGAAGAAGCAACACAGCUUCAAAGAUACUAAAUGGGAGAAGGCUCAAUUUAUCGAAGCUAUGAUUGAUCCAAAAACGUGGAUGAUUUCUGUCAUCAUAGGUGUUGGUUCUCUUGCCAACGGUGUUGUAGCAAAUUUUGGAUCUUUGAUCAUAACCAGUCUUGGCUUUGAUACUUUGACGACACUUCUGUUCAAUCUUCCCGGCGCAGGAGUAAGUUUGGUAGCCGUAGUUACCCUCGCAGGCAUAUCUUCUCGAGUUCGACGCUCCCGUAUCAUUCUCUGUAUAGUUUCAUGGAUAAUCACUAUUGUCGGGAUUCUGCUAAUCCGACAACUGCCAACAUCAAACAAAUAUGGUCGUCUCGUCGGUGCAUGGCUUAUGAACUCUUUCGCUGCAUCCUUCCCGCUCCUUCUCAGCUUACUAGCCAGUAAUGUCACCGGCUUCACCAAAAAGACCACCGUUCAGGCUCACUUCUUCAUCGUUUACUGUGCUGGUAAUAUUGCUGGACCACAGCUCUUCAUUGAAAAGGAGGCACCACACUACCUGACGGCUUACAAUGGCUGUCUCGGCUCACUUGCCGUAGCCAUUGGUCUCGCUGUAAUCUUGAGAUUUUACUUAGACUGGGAGAACAAGCGCCGUGACAAGGAGCAGGGUGUGUACAUUGAUCCCGAGGCCAUUGAUAUUUUCGAGCACGACUUGGAUGAUAUGAUGCUGGCAAGGGUGAUCCAGACAGACUGGGAGAACAGAAGCUUCAGAUACUACCUCUAG